GCAGUUAAUCAAACCGUUUGCGACCGUAAAACAUUCCAAAUGCUUCGCUGAAGUUGAGAAUCUUAUCGCACCAGUCGCGUUCCACAUCGCAUUCCGUACGAAUCAUAGCCGCUCCCGCAAAUUCGGAAAAUCCGUAAAAUGUCGGUGGUGCAGCCGGCGAUUGUAGCCGUAGUCACCCUUCUGGUGGCCUUCGCAGCCGCGGGCGUUCCCCUUCCGCGCUACGAGGCGCUGCUCAAGCAGCAAUCCGCUCCCGAGGACCCCUCACUGGGACUCUACGACGACGGGGACAAGGUGGUGCGCCUGACGGUGGACAACUUCAAUGCCACCGUGCUGGACCAAAAUCGCGGGGCUCUCGUCGAGUUCUACAACACAUACUGCGGACAUUGCCGCAGGUUCGCACCCACCUACAAGACGGUGGCGGAGCACCUGCUGCCCUGGUCGGAGGUCCUCAUCGUGGCGGCCAUCGAUUGCGCCGCCGAGGAGAACAAUGGCGUCUGCCGCGACUACGAGGUGAUGGGCUAUCCCACGCUGCGCUACUUGGGCCCCGGCUUCCAGCCUGGUGCCAAGCACUAUGGGCAGAACCUGAUGACGCAGGAUGUGACCGAGAUCCGUGAGCUGCUGGCGGGAAUGGUGGCCGCGGAGAACCUGACCAGCAGCCACAACAACUCCUACUGGCCGAAUUUGCGCUACCUCACGGAGAACGAUUCCGCCACCAGUUUGUUUGAAGGCCUCAGCAGGGACAGGCAGUACGUGGCAGUGGUCCAUGAACCGGAGAACACCACUCUGGGCGUCGAGGUGGCUCUGUUCAUGACCCAAUGGCCUGCGGUGGAGGUACGCCGCGUCAUAGAUCCUGCGGUGUCCGCCAAGUUUAAGAUUGAUCCUGCCAACCUGCCCCUUAGCCUGGUGGAUCGAAAGGGCGAGAUUACGGCGUACGCCCCGGAAUUUGCCAACGGUGAAUCCUACGCCAAAAAACUGCAGGAAGUGCUGGGCAAAAAGAAUGUUACCCCCAGACCCGUAAGGCCACAUCAGAAGCUGUCCAAGCCGGCGACCAAGGCAACUGGGCAGAAGGAAAUAAUCGAGGAAGUGCACCGAAACAAGCACUUCGUAUACCAGGCGGAUCUCGAGCAGGCCAUUCGCACAAUCCUGCACAACGAGGUGCCCAAGGUGAGCGAGAUCAGCGGCGAGAAACUGCUCGCCCUCCAGCGAUUCCUGGCCGUGCUGCAGCGCUACAACCCGCUGGGCGCCAAUGGCCAUCAGCUGGUGACCAAGCUGAAGGACUAUGUGGUGCAGUUCAAUGAUCAACUGACGGGCAGCCAGUUCGAGGAGGAGCUGAAGCGUUUGGAGAGUCAACUGUCUCCCGUCUUCUCCUCCACCCAUUUUGUGGGAUGCACUGGUUCCAGUCCACGCCUGCGCGGCUUCAGCUGCUCCUUGUGGACCCUGUUCCACUUCAUGACCGUUCAGGCGGCCAGCAACGACGAGUCCCAGGAUCCGUUGGAGGUCCUGCAGGCUAUGCACGGCUACAUCAAGAACUUUUUCGGCUGCACAGAGUGCUCUGAGCACUUUCAGGCAAUGGCAUCGAGGCGAAAAAUCUGGAGCGUGCCGAACAAGGAGGAGGCGGUUCUCUGGCUGUGGGCGGCUCACAACGAGGUGAACCAGCGGCUCGCCGGCGACGAAACCGAGGACCCAGAGUUCCCAAAGAAGCAGUUCCCUUCGCCGGACAGCUGCAGCGAAUGUUACCGGGCGCCCGGCACCAAGUCGGAGAACUUGGAGAUCGAGUGGAACAAGGACGCCGUGCUGGGCUUCCUCAAGAACAUACACAAUCCGCAGUUCGUGAGCCGCUUCGGCUUGCAGCGCGAGGAGCUGCUGCAUCCCACGCCGGAUAAGAUGCGGCAGAAGCGACAGAUCUCCAGCGUAUUCACCGACAUGGACAUGCGGAUGGGCAUGCUGCUGUACGCCUUCUGCAUUGUGAUGAUGGUUUUGGCAUUUAAACUGUUCGCCUUCAAGGGUUACCGCAAGAAGCCCUAUGGCCACGACCUUCUGGGCAAAGUGUAGGAUAAUCCCCGGAAAAGCUUCCACUAAUUCUAAUCACAAGACACCGAACACCGAGAAACGGAAUUUACUACGACCACCUGCAUGUUUUGUAUUCGUGGCACCCAAUGUUAUGUUUAAGAUAAAAGUGUGUGUAUAUAUGAACAGUCUUCUUCCAGUUGUAGUCCCUAAACAAAAUCGCUUUUUACAACGACGAUGCACCUGAUUGUUUUACUUGUACGGUAUGCAUAUGUGAUUUUUUCCCUCCAGAAGCUUGUAAUUCCAGAGUCCGUUUGAAUAAAACGAUCAAUGCUA